UGUUAUUUUCCUACCUGUCCUAAUGGUCCGUAGUCAAUGACUACCUUUCAAAGAGGCCAACUUUUCAAACCCAGAGAAGUUGGCAUAAGCAUACUGGCAUAAGCAUACUGGGAUUAUCCGUAUAGAAAUAUGCAGUUUCAGAAUAUCAAUGCAAGCCAUGAAAUGCCUUUUUGUGUGCUCCUUCUUGUUCUCUUUCCUAUGUAUCUCAACUACAACAGCAACAGACACAAUCACUCCAAGUCGAUCUAUGAGAGACGGUGAAACUCUAGUUUCAGCAGGUGGAAGCUUUCAACUGGGAUUCUUUAGGCCUGGUACAUCAAAAGGUCGAUACUUAGGAAUAUGGUACUCUGUUCAUACUGAGACAGUUGUAUGGGUAGCUAACAGAGAAAGACCACUUGGCGAUUCUUCAGGAGUUUUGAAGGUCACUGAGCAAGGAGUUCUAGUGCUUCUCAAUAGCACAAACAGGAUUGUAUGGUCAUCAAAUUCAUCAACAACUGCAGGGAAUCCAGUAUCACAACUCAUGGAUUCAGGAAAUUUUGUUUUGAAAGAUGGAAAUGAAACUAACCCAGAUAAAUUCUUGUGGCAGAGUUUUGAUUAUCCUUGUGACACAUUCCUACCAGAAAUGAAGCUUGGUUGGGACUUGGUUACUGGUUUAGAGAGGUACCUCUCGUCUUGGAGGAGCACAGACGAUCCUGCUCCAGGAGAGUUUUCAUCACGGAUGGAUCGUCAUGGUUUCCCACAAGUUGUUACUAUGAAAGGAGCUAAGAUAAUGUCUAGACCAGGGUCAUGGAAUGGCCUUCAUUUUACAGGAUAUCCAUAUCAUCCACAAACACAAUCAAACCCAGCAUUGGAGUAUGAAAUUGUGUUGAACAAGGAUGAGGCCUAUUAUGAGUACAAGCUUCUAAACACGUCCAUGUUCUCGAGAUAUGUGUUGAAUCCAUCAGGCACUGCACAGAAAUUCACAUGGGUGUACCAAACACAUAGUUGGGAACUUUCCUCUGCAGUCCAAGCAGAUCAGUGUCAGAAUUAUGCCUUGUGUGGUGCAUAUACUGAUCUCCUUGUCAUUUCAGGAGUUAGAAGCAUAGAUUGCACAAAAGAUUACCUUGGAGAAGACAGGGAAGACAUGGAGUUAACACCACUAUUUGAUUUGAGCACCGUAGCUAAAGCCACCAAUGACUUUUCAAGCAGCAACAAGCUGGGAGAAGGUGGUUUUGGACCUGUGUACAAGGGUAUAUUGAUCGGAGGGAAAGAAAUUGCAGUGAAAAGGCUUUCGAAGAAUUCCGGACAAGGAAUUAUAGAGUUUAAAAAUGAAGUUAUACUGAUAGCAAGACUUCAGCAUCGCAAUCUUGUAAAGCUCUUGGGUUGUUGCGUUCAAGAAGAUGAAAAAAUCUUGAUAUAUGAAUUCAUGCCCAACAAAAGCUUGGACUUCUUUAUUUUUGAUCAAGAGGGACAAAAAUUACUCAACUGGCCUACGUGCUUCCACAUUAUUGGUGGAAUUGCUAGAGGGCUUGUUUAUCUUCACCAAGACUCUAGAUUAAGGAUUAUCCAUAGAGAUUUGAAAGCUAGCAAUAUCCUGCUUGAUAAUGAUAUGAACCCUAAGAUUGCAGACUUCGGCCUCGCUAAAACAUUUGGUAGUGAUCAAAGUCGGGGUAAUACAAAAAGAGUGGUUGGAACGUAUGGUUACAUGUCUCCCGAAUAUGCAGUAGAUGGAAUUUUCUCAAUGAAAUCUGAUGUCUUUAGCUUUGGAGUUAUACUGCUAGAGAUCUUGAGUAGGAAAAAGAACAGGGGAUUUUCACAUCCAGAUCACCACCUUAACCUUCUUGGACAUGCAUGGACAUUAUGGAUUCAAGAUAAACAACUGGAAUUGAUAGAUACGAUGUUAUAUGAUUCAUGCAACAUAUCUGAAGUGUUAAGGUGUCUUCAUGUGGGGCUGUUAUGUGUGCAAAGAGUACCAGAAGAUAGACCAAACAUGUCAUAUGUGGUUCUAAUGUUGAGCAGUGAUAUUACUUUGCCUCCACCAAGGCAGCCUGGUUUUUACACGGAACGAAGUGUCCCUGAAUCGCCAUCAAGGAAGCGCCCGUUUUCAGUGAAUUAUUUCAGCACUACAGUGAUCGAGGCACGGUAGAUUUUUGUUCUGGAUGCUUUGUUGAUGGUUCUGUCUGUCAUCACGGAAUGUGUUUGGCAGAUUGACUUGAUGCUUGUAGUCUUAGGUGGGAGACAAUGACAUGAGACAUUAUCAUUAUUCAUGUUAUGCAAGAAAAAUGUGUUGAAUUAGAAGUUGGUUUGGAGCUUUGCCAUUCAUUUUAUUUAUUUUA